GACCAAGGAAUCAUUCAUUGUAUUAAGCGACACAUUCUAUCCCGUAAGAUGAUGCAGGCUCUAGACCGGCUUGGUGAAGGGCUAGAUAAUCCCUACGAGGAGGUCGACCAGUUGACAGCGCUGUUGUGGUGCGAGGAUGCCUGGUCAGAGGUUAGUGCUUCGACCAUACGCCACUGUUGGAAUCAUUCCGGACUCGUUGGUAAAGCUGCUCUUCAGUUCAUUUUG